AUGAUGGAUUGUUUGCCGGACCAGUUAGUAUGGGAGAUCUUGAGCAGGGUUAAGAAAACCACUGAUAGAAAUUCUCUGUCUUUGGCGUGUAAACGCCUGCACGGAUUGGAUAAUGAACAGAGACAAUCUCUUCGGGUUGGUUGUGGAUUAGACCCUGCAAAUGAAGCUUUGACUUCUCUCUGCAGUAGGUUUUCCAACUUGACAAAGGUAGAGAUAACUUACGCUGGUUGGAUGUCCAAACUAGGAAAGCAGUUGGAUGACGAAGGGCUUCUUAUUCUUUCCAAUUGCUGCCGUUCUAUGGUUGAUCUCACAUUAAGCUACUGCACCUUCAUCACUGAUUUGGGCCUUGGUCACUUGUCUUCUUGCUCAAAACUUUCAGCUUUGAAGUUGAAUUUCACAACAAGAAUUACUGGCUGUGGCAUAUUAUCUCUUGUUGCGGGCUGCAAAGUUCUCACUAUCCUCCACCUUGUACGAUGUCUAAAUGUUAGCAGUUUUGAGUGGCUUGAAUAUCUUGGAAAGCUUGAAACUCUUGAAGAUCUCUCAAUUAAGAAUUGUAGAGCUAUUGGGGAGGGUGAUUUGAUUAAGCUAGGUUCUAGUUGGAAAAAACUAAAAUGCUUGCAAUUUGAGGUAGAUGUGAAUUACAGAUAUAUGAAAGUUUAUGAUCGUUCAGCUGUGGAUCGCUGGCAAAAGCAGUGGGUCGCAUGUGAGAACAUGGUGGAACUUAGCUUGGUAAAUUGUAUCAUCAGCCCUGGGAGAGGGCUUGCUUGUGUGCUGGGGAAGUGCAAGAAUUUGGAGAAGAUUCACUUGGACAAGUGUGUUGGGGUAAGGGACUCUGACAUUAUAGGCUUAGCCCAAAAAUCAAAAAACCUCCGCUCCAUUUUCCUUCGAGUUCCAUCGGAUUUCUCACUUCCUCUUCUGAUGAAUAAUCCACUGAGAUUAACCGAUGAAUGUCUAAAAGCCAUGGCUCAGAACUGUUCGAUGCUUGAAUCUGUCAGGAUAUCGUAUUCUGAUGGGGAUUUCCCUUCAUUUUCCUCAUUUACAUUGGAUGGAAUCCUUAGUUUGAUUCAGAAGUGCCCUUUGCGGGAACUUGCUUUCGACCAAGUGUAUUCCUUUAACGAUGUUGGAAUGGAAGCUCUUUGCUUGGCUCAGUAUCUUGAGACCUUGGAGCUGGUCAGAUGCCAAGAGAUAAGCGACGAGGGGCUGCAGCUUGUGGGGCAGUUUCCCCGGUUGUCCAUUCUGCGUUUAAUCAAGUGUUUAGGGGUUUCUGAUGAUGGGUUAAAGCCACUUGUAGGGUCAUACAAAUUGGAAUUGUUGGCUGUGGAAGAUUGUCCUCAAAUUUCUGAAAGAGGAGUUCUGGGAGCUGCAAAGUCUGUAUCUUUCAGACAAGACUUGUCAUGGCUGUACUGA